GUCACCCAGCGACCUGUAUACCUACCUAUUUAGUGUUUCUUCAAGUUUAAAUGUGUGAUAACAGUGGUUUAUGAUGAAUUGUUUAGUUAUCUGUGAAAGUGCACAAAUUUGGGAAAAUAGAACAAAGCCGCUGGACGUAACUUCUCUGGGUCCUCCAAAAAGUCCUCUGGAAAAUUUUCAGUAAAUGGCUAGGCACCGUUUUACUGAUAUUAUAUUUCAUUCCAUUUCAUUUAAUUUCACUACUUAUUUUUCAUAAAAAAGAUAUAUUAUAUUAUAAUAAAAGAAUAAGCUGUAUGGCAUAAUACUUUUGCCUUUCCAGUUGGAUCAAUAGAACUACUACUGUCAUACAGCUAACAAAACCUUUCAUUAAAAAUAAGUGAAUAAAAGUGCAUUAAUCUCAUUUCAUUUUCAACUUGUAUAAUAUUUCUUUAAUAACCUCCUCGUUUGUUUAUUUUGCUAAAAUGCCUAAUAAAAAGAACAAGGAAAUUGACACAAACAGCGAAAGCGAAAAGGAACAAGAUUCAGGCAGCGAAAAAGAUUCUGAUUUUGAUUCAGACGGCAACUAUGUCGGUGAAAAAGAGCUACAGGCUGAUUUCGAAGGACGUAACCCAGAAGAUAGUGACUUCCACGGUAUUAAGCAGCUACUGAGGCAACUGUUUCUGAAAUCAAAUGUUGACCUUGGAGGGCUAGCCCAAAUUAUUAUAUCACAAAAUUACAUAGGCAGUGUUGUGAAGCAAUGUUUGGAUGAUGGUCAAGAGGAUGACGAUGAUGAGGACGAUGGUAGUGAUGGAGUUUUUGGAGUAACUACAGUAGUGAAUAUUACUAAAAGAAAAAAUGAACCCAGUGUGGCACAGAUCAGAGAAUUGCUUACAAAACUAUCUCAGGAGAAUGCAGAUCCCAGAACCAAAGAAUUAAUUAAAUAUAUUCUGGCUGAUGAUUCUCAGCAUACUGGCCUAGUUAUUAAUGAAAGAAUACUAAACAUUCCUGCAGCGAUUAGCGUACCAUUAUUUGCAUCACUACAGACUGAACUUGAGAAAGCUCAUAGGAAAAAUAUGCUAUACAACUUUAAAUACCUUAUUUGGAUCAGUAAAACUUACACUACUGGAGAGUCAUCAGAAGUGCUUUUUGCAAAUCAAGAAGAGAAGUCUUUAGUAAGCGAAGCAAUUGCUAGUUUUGAUGUAGAUGUAACCGACCAAGCUGACUUAUCACAAUGGGAUUAUGAAGGAGGAGCACUUACUCCUUGUCGAAAGAUUUUACUAUUUGAAGGUAUCAAGUUUGGUUAUCUCAUCGAUCUGAUGAAGGCAGAAGUUGAAAGCAUGUAAUGUUUCUUUUCAAUGGAAUAUUAUAUUCACGCCAUGUAAUAUGUUUGAUACAUAUUUAUAUUUAAAAAAUUAAAUUUAAGCCAAA